AGAUACGAGGACGAGAUCAACAAGCGCACGGCAGCAGAGAACGAGUUUGUGACGCUGAAGAAGGACGUGGACGCGGCCUACAUGAACAAGGUGGAGCUGCAAGCCAAGGUGGACACACUCAUGGAUGAGAUCAACUUCCUGAAGGCCUUCUACGACGCAGAGCUGUCCCAGAUGCAGACCCACAUCUCGGACACGUCCGUGGUCCUGUCCAUGGACAACAACCGCUUCCUGGACCUGGACGGCAUCAUCGCCGAGGUCAAGGCCCAGUACGAGGAGAUCGCCCAGAGGAGCCGCGCUGAGGCCGAGUCCUGGUACCAGAGCAAGUACGAAGAGCUGCAGAUGUCCGCCGGCCGGCACGGCGACGACCUGCGCACCACCAAGCAGGAGAUCGCCGAGCUCAACCGCAUGAUCCAGAGGCUGAGAUCUGAGAUCGACCACGUCAAGAAGCAG